CCCCCACCCUCCCUCCAUCAUGGCAGAGCCUUCUCCUGGCUGGUGGAAGCUGACUUUCCUGAGGAGAAAGAAGUCCCAGCCCAAGGUCCUGUAUGAGAUCCCUGCAGAGUUUGCCUCUAACGCCCCCCCUGCUCAGCAUGGAUCGGCCACAGCGCUCCCACCCGAGGACACGCUGCGGGACCCUCAGCUGGACGCCCGGCUGGAGAGGAUCGUGGACAAGACCCCAGGCAGCAAGGGGCGCCACGUCAAGGUGUCUCACUCCGGGAGGUUCAAGGAGAAGAGGAAAGUCCGAGCCACUCUGGCAGAGAACCCGGAGAUGUUUCCAGGAGGGGACCCCGCCAGGGACGAAAACCAGAGGGCCGGGGAGUGAACGGACACACACACACAUUCACAGGGAAGUUUAACUUGGGCAUAGCCUCUCUAUCCAUGUUAGAAGUUGAUGCAGCCUUAAUUGGGUGAAACUCUGGGCAUUAAUACCUUCUUGGGAUGAUGAAGUUGAAUCAAGACUUUUUGAGAGAGAAUGUUCAGGCUUAUCUUUAUUUAGAAAAGUUUGAUGUUUUCCUAUUUACUUCAAUUCCAAACAUUCUGCAUUCUGCAUUAUGAGGCCUGCUGUCAGCUUCUGGUAGAUGGGGAUUGCAGGGAUGAUUCAGGACAAUGCACCGCCAUGGAUCUACUACACUGCAGGAAAACCAGCCUGACUGGCCCUAACGGGUUCAUGAGAGACUCUGUACAUGUGCCCUCAACUCAUCCAGAAAUACACUUUGGAAGGGUUAAGUGCAAUUUACAAGAAAACAAAGUUUAUCUAAAAAAGACAAAAAUAGAUCAACAAAAUGACAAGGUAAACUCACUUAACUUAAAUUAAAUGUAAUCAAUGAAACAAUCUGAUUAGUUAAAGUUAUGUACUAUCAAUUGUCAUGAUAAUGGUUUAUGAAGUCAUGUUGUUGUGAGUUAUUGAAUCAUCAUUGAACAAGCACUUAAGAAACUGGGAUCCUAAUUUGAGCACUAUAGUUGUAGCCCACUUCCUGGAUUUAUUUGUCGCGUUUGCAGGUUUACGUAGCCAUGUCUCUUUCAAUAGUUGUACUUCUGUAACAUGUUUUAGAUCUUCUUAAACCUACUGAGACACGUUGGAGACUUGAUUGAUUAUUGAUUUUUCUGUAUUUUUAAACUCACAUUUUAGCUGUUAUUUUUUCAUCCAGGCAGUCCUACACAUGUCGUUGCCGGUGAAGGCCAGGAGAGGGCAGCAUCUCUUCACAUGCAACAGAUCUUUAAAACACUCCUCCAUUAAGGGUUUCUCUCAAGAAGCUUCUUUUCUCUCCUGUUGAUUGUACCUCACAACCUAUCAGAAGUUAGCCUACAGCCUGUCUUUUUAAAACUACUUACAAAUGCCAGAAGUAAUUUUAGCCUUCAAUGUCAAUGCCCCAACAUUUA